GCAUUUUUCCUCUAGAGGCGCUUGCUUACGAAACUCUCUCUGUGUGUUUUUUUUUUUUUGAGAUUCAUCUCUGUUCUUCAGCUUCUCUUCUCUGCAAUGGCGGCUUCAAGUGGUUUCCAUGUCUCUUCCUCUCCUUUGCUUAGGCUUCGCUCUUCCUCCGUCGCAUACGCCGCUCAACCUCCGUUUCUCUCUCCUUGUAACGGUCGUCGUUUACUAGCAGAAAGCUUCGGCCUCUCAACUGUAACUGUUUCGCGCCAAAACCUCUCGGUUUCUCCGCCGUCUGCGGUGGUGGAAGCUCGCAUCUCAGGAGAGAGAGAACCGAUGACGCCUCCAUAUAACGUCUUGAUCACUGGCUCGACCAAAGGUAUAGGACAUGCAUUAGCUAGAGAGUUUCUGAAAGCAGGAGACAACGUUGUCAUAUGUUCCAGAUCAGCUGAACGAGUUGAGUCUGUUGUUAAGAGUCUUAAGGAAGAAUAUGGGGAGGAGCAUGUGUGGGGAACUAAGUGUGAUGUUAGAGAAGGGAAGGAUGUGAAGGAUCUUGUAUCUUAUUGUCAGAAUAAUCUUAAAUACAUUGACAUUUGGAUUAAUAAUGCUGGAUCUAACGCAUACAGCUUUAAACCUUUGUCUGAGGCCUCUGAUGAGGAUCUUAUUGAAGUUGUGAAAACCAACACUCUUGGGCUGAUGUUAUGUUGCCGAGAGGCAAUGAAUAUGAUGUUGACCCAAUCUCGGGGUGGUCAUAUCUUCAAUAUCGAUGGAGCUGGCUCAGAUGGAAGACCAACACCCAGGUUUGCCGCAUAUGGUGCAACAAAACGGAGUGUUGUUCACCUGACAAAGUCAUUACAAGCAGAGUUGCAGAUGCAAGAUGUCAAAAAUGUUGUGGUGCACAAUCUAUCGCCUGGAAUGGUCACAACUGAUCUACUCAUGUCCGGAGCUACAACAAAACAAGCCAAGUUCUUCAUCAAUGUUUUGGCUGAGCCAGCUGAAGUGGUUGCUGAGUAUCUUGUCCCGAACAUCAGAGCAAUACCAGCUAGCGGAUCUAUGAAGCCGACUUACAUCCGUUUCCUAACCGGAAUCAAAGCCUAUACCAAAAUAUUCUCAAGAGUUGCAUUGGGAGCAAGGAAGAAUAGAUACGUGACUGAAGAGUAGAUAUCGCAGUAGAUCAUGGCCCUGUUCGUUUGCUCACCCAGGUGAUCCAUCUGGGUGAAGAUGCAAAUUGAUGUUCGUUUAGUGCAUUACAAUGUUACAUCCAGAUGGAUCAUUCAGCUGAAUUUUUAAAAACUCAUCUCAAAUUCUCACCCAAAUGAAGGUGAGUCUUGAUGGUGCAUCUGGAUGCAGAUGCAUCUAGUUCAGUCCAAAAUGAAAAAUGACAAAAAUGACUUUUUAAAAUCAAAAUAUUAUUUUCAAACCGUUAA